AAUAAUUCUUUGGAAAGUCAUGGAAAUCUCUGUUGGAGUUCUAAUGAUAAAAACAAUAUUCAUUGUUUGCCUGAGCUCUGUCAAUUUUUUACCGGCGCAACAGGUUUCUGUGUAUGCGUGCGUGUGUGAGGAGAAGCCGAAAAGGUAUAAUUACUUGAGUUGUGAAAUACGAUAAUUUGUCUUUUAGAGAGGUUGUAAAAUUGGUUGUUGUGAAUAGAAGAGGGAACUAAAGUUAAAGCCAAAAGAGAGGGUUUUCUUAUCAAAAUCAGUACACAAAAAUCAUUAGAGCUGUGAAGGCUAUAACUUAAUUUCUUCACAAGUUUGUGGUGUGAUAAAAUCUUUCUAAAAACUACAGGCAGUUGUGGAUUUUUAGUUGAAUUGAAGGUCUGUGGGAAUUUGGAUUUGAAGAGAAAGAAUUUCCUUAAGAAGCCUAAUUGAAGAAUUUCUCUUGAAAAAAGGGAAUGUCAUCAAUGGAGGGUAAAGAUAAAAAUCGCAUAGUUUAUGGUGAUAAUCCGGAUGUGACAUUUUUCUUUCCGGACAACGGAGGAGCCCAAUUGUUGGUGGAAAAGAGAAAAUUAGCCCAGUCAAGUGUUGUCUUUCAGAAGCAAUUCUCCGAAGGAUUCGAAAGUAGUGAUCGUAUUGCAAUAAAGGAUAUUUCAUUUGAUACUUUCAACGUUGCAAUGAAGGAAAUUUAUGGGAGUUCAAUUGAGAUUAGGGAAUCAAACUAUCAGGAACUUCUCUAUGUGGCCUCAAAAUAUUUUAUCUACACCCUCAUUGAGAAAAUCAUUCAAUUUGCUUUGACUUUUAUAUCGGCAAAAAAUCUCACGGAACACUUUGAAGCCAUUGAACGGUAUGAGAUAAAGAGACUCAAUGAUCACAUUGAAGAUAUUUGUGUGCGACAUCCAUUGGAGAUUAUUGAGAAGUUGGAUUGCACAAAGGCACACAUGAAUCUUCUCAAAAUAAUCCUUCAAUCGUCGAAUUUAACGUGCUCUGAGUACGAUCUGUACGUUGCUGUUGUGAACAUGAUGAAGGAAGCUUCGAAGGAUGCCCUCGAUGUUGCCACGGAAAUGAGGAAAAAGUUGGGAAAUUUGAUUAAUUUCAUUCGUUUUCCCGUCAUGUCAAUUGAUGAGCUAAUCCUCUGUGCUAAACCACCGUCGCUCUUGACAAAGGAGCAAGCUCUUGAUCUCCUUUUGUGGGUUAAAUGUGGAAUUUACAGUGAAUCCGUUCAAUUCUUCUCAACAAAUUCGAGAUCAAUUCCAAAUUUUGAUAGAUGCCCCCACUGUAAUGAUAGGUACGCAUACUGCUUGUCCUGCAGCAAGUACAGAUGAAGGUUUGAUGGGAAUAAUUAAACGAUGAUUAAAUAAUCUGCAAAAGCUUCUAAAUCUUCAAUGUUUUAAAUAAACCAAUACCUGAUGAAGGAGACAUUAUUUAACCGAAAUGAAUGAAGGAGUUUUUUUAUUGUUAAGAUUUAUUAUAAAAAUCAAUAAUACUAUUGGAAUAAAUGAAUUUCUUGUGAAA